AUGCCCCUGGACCCCCUCGCCUCGCCGCCCUCAACUCACCAACACUUGGCACCCCCCCAACUCACCUCACCAUUCCUGCCCGAGUCCCUCGCCCCACCCUGGACCCCUGGACCCCCCCCCGACAUCACCAUCACCCCUGGACCCCCCCGACAUACACCAUCGCCUUCGCCCCCUGGACCAUCACCAUCGCCCGACCAUCACCAUCACCAUCACCCCCCUGGACCCGCCCCGCCAUCACCAUCACCAUCACCCCCUGGACCCGCCCGACAUCACCAUCACCCCCUGGACCCGCCCCCUGGACCCGCCCGACAUCACCAUCACCAUCACCCCCUGGACCCGCCCGACAUCACCAUCACCAUCACCCCCUGGACCCGCCCGACAUCACCAUCACCAUCGCCCCCCUGGACCCGCCCGACAUCACCAUCACCAUCUCCCCCUGGACCCGCCCGACAUCACCAUCGCCCCCUGGACUCGCCCGACAUCACCAUCACCAUCGCCCCCUGGACCCGCCCGACAUCAUCACCAUCUCCCCCUGGACCCGCCCGACAUCACCAUCACCAUCACCAUCACCAUCACGCCCGACAUCACCAUCGCCACACCAUGCCAUCACCAUCACCAUCCACCCACCGGGACCCGCACGACAUCGCCCGACUAAACCGCCACUGGACCCGACCAUCGGGCCCGGUGACCCUUGACCCGCGCCACUGGACACCACCAUCGGGCCCGGUGACCCUUGACCCGCGCCACUGGACACCGACCAUCGGGCCCGGUGACCCUUGA